GGGAUUUAUUUCUCGUCACAAUUCCCAUGAUUUUCUCGUCGAAAACUUUCCUACUCCGCGCUCUGAAGCAGAUCCCAACGUCUCUGUUCCCGAUCAAGGAGCACUUGAUUGACUGCCAGAAAGCUGAGACUCUUCCUGACUACGAAAACCUCACAGAGUAUGAUUGUUCCUUCGAGAAGAUCAACGUUCGUGCAGAAGUGCUCAAAGAUGAGCACUGGAGAUCUUUGGGAAUGCACGAGCAGCAGUUUGAGGCGUUCCAAACGGCUCUCACACGAAAUGUGACGGCUAUCGAGGGUCCUCCGGGCACUGGAAAGGCAUUUGUCGCCCUCAGCAUCAUUCAGCGUUUGCUAGCAAACACAUCCUCGAGGAUUCUCAUCGUCAGCAGUGGAAAUUACUCGCUGGACAAACUUCUACUGCUUUGCUCAAUGUUCACGCAUCAGAUUGUAAGAAUUGGAUGGCAAUUUGACGAUCCGGAAGUGGAGAAGUUUGCCUUGAAAAAAGAUUUCAACGAUUAUCGAUAUAAUUCGAUCAAGAGUAUGGCGUUCUGUCAAUGCAAACUUGCUGUGGACAAAUUUAACAACGCUAUAAGUCAGUCAAAGGACAAGACAACAAACUUUGAGCAGGAACUUAAGGAAAUGUGCGAGGCAAAUCACAGACUAGACGAACUUCAGUUAUUCCGGAUGUACUAUGGAUCCCGCAAAGCUAGAAUUAUCGGGAUUACGAUGACAGGAGCGGCGAAAUACCGUAAACUUCUGGAGCUCCUUCGUCCGCCAAUCGUGAUAAUCAACAAUGCUUUCCAUAUGAGUGACUCUCAUAUCAUCACUGCUCUCACUGAGCACACGCAGCAAGUGAUCUUCUUCGGAGACUAUGGCCUGCAGAAAAGGUACAAGUGUACCAUUGGUCUGGGAGAAGACUGCCUCAAGGCGAAACUUUGCGGGAGAUUGAUUGAUAAUGACCUGAACAACGUCCGCCUCAGAGUUCAACAUCGAAUGCAUCCUGACAUUUCGAAUCUUUUGCGCGAAACUCUCUAUCCUGAUAUCGUCGAUGGGGAGAAAGUGAGAUGUUACGGAUCUAUUCGUGGAAUUCCCAAGCAUCUCUUCUGGGUUUCCCUUGACAAUCUCGAUGCUGUGCGUGAGGAAACAUUCGAUAUUCUACUGAAAAACUAUCCUGAUGUGAAUGUACACAUGCUUUCCAAACAAAACCUCCACACGAUGUUCUUCUGUGUCGGACUGGCGAAUUUCCUCACCCAGCAAGGAUAUAAUUACCAUGAGAUUGUGAUCCUCACGAUCGUGGGCGAUGAACAGAUAGCCACACUUUCUGCUAUGCAGCAUUUUCCGGCGCUGAAGAAUGUGCCUGUGAGCACGGUCGAUAGCUUCGAAGGCAAGGAAUGCCGCAUUGCUAUUGUCAUGCUGUUGCAGUGCAGUGAAAAUGCAGUUGAUUUGCUGCUGACAGAGAAACGCAUCUCGAGUUUCUUGACUCGCUCCAGAGAAGGACUGUUUAUUGUCGGACAAUUAGAUUUUUUUGCUGAAAAGAGUGAAUUGUGCAAGGAUAUCAGAGAAAAACUGCAGACCAAGGACGCAAUUGGGCCCGGAUUGCCCAUAAAAUGUGAGAAGCAUAGAAGCGAAAUGAUCGCCACUGGAUUGGAGGACUUCUGCAAUUUCACACACGAUGGAUGUCCUGCCGCUGAAGGAUUCCGCAAGGCAGAAAAGCAUCCCUGCCUCGAUAUUUGAAUAACCC